AUGGCGGCCCCUGUAAAUAUAGAUAUGCCUAAAUUAAUAUUGGAUAAUGGUGGUGGAUUAAUAAAAGGAGGAAUACUUCCAAGUUAUUCUCAACUAAAUGAAUCAUCAGUUGAUAUAGAGCCAAAUUUUAUUGUACCGAAUUGUGUGGGUCAAAUAAGAAAAAAAAAUAUUUUUCACAUAAGUGAUAGCUGCUAUAAUAUUUGCGAAUAUUUUUGUCAUCGCCCUCAUGUAGAUGGUUUAUUAUUAGAUUUAGAAAUGCAAACAAAAAUAUGGGAAAAAAUAUUUUCAUGCAAACAAAUUGUUGGAUAUAAAAUAAAUGAUAUGGCUAUUUGUGUUACUGAAUCAUAUCUAACUCCUGCAUAUAUAAGGCAAGGAGUGAUUGAAUUGCUAUUUGAAUAUUUUAAUUUUGAACAAAUAGUUAUUGUCUCAUCACAAACAAUGUUACCAUUUUCUUAUAUUGGUUUAAAUUUAGGGCAAUAUGACAUUUUAAACCCUCCGAUUUUUAAAAAAGAUAAUUAUUCUUUAAAAAAACAAUAUGUACCGAGAAAAAGAAGAUCUGAAAAAAAUAAUAUUAAUAAUUUUUAUAAUAAUAAAAAUUAUAGCCCGAAAAAAAUUUUUAACACAUCUCGAAACAAUUUGAAGAAUGAAGAGGAUGAUUAUGAUGGGAAAGAAAACAACACAAAUUUAUUUAAUAUAAAAAAAGAGAAACAUAUAAACGAAGAAAAUAUUGAAUAUAAUUAUUAUGAAUCAAAUAAUACUGACGAAAUAAAUAAUGUAGUAACACAAGAAAUACGAAAAGAACCAUAUAAUGAAGAAAGUAACGAAUAUAUAGAAAAUUAUGAACAAAAUCAAUAUAUUGAUGAUAAUUUAUUAAUUAAUAGACAUAUUUUUAUAAAGAAUAUAGAAUGUUAUAAUAAAUAUGCAUAUGAAUUAUAUAUGAAUAAAUUAUACCAUGGUGAAAAUUGGCAAGAAUAUUAUUUUAAUUCUUUUUUUAAUAAAAAUGUUGUUCAAGAAUAUAAAUGUAACAAACCCCCUAACAUUGAAUCCUAUACAAGCAGUGAAAUAUAUACAGAUAACAAUAAUUCGAAUAAUAGAGUAAACAAUCAACGCUAUUCAUUUAAUAAAAAUCAUAUUAAUGUUGUAAAUAGAUUAAGUAAUAAUAAUUAUAUAGGAAAUAAUUUUUUAUAUCAAGACCCGAGCUUUUUGCUACCUGAUAAAAUAGAUUUAUAUAAAAAUUAUUAUGAUAAAAAUUUUAAAGAUUUAAAUAUGUUUAAAGAAUAUUAUAAUUCUACAUAUAUAAAUGACUUUUAUAGUAAUUUAAUAAAUGGUAACUAUAAUUUAUCAUUGCGAAAUCCUUGUGCAUUAUAUAUAGAUGUUGGGUUUUCCCAUACAUAUAUAUUACCAUAUAUUGAAUAUAAGGUAAUUGAAUAUGCAAUUUUAAGAACAAAAGUAUCUGCUUCUGUUUUAAACACAUAUUUGAAAAAUACACUUUCCUAUAAACAUGUUAAUUUAGAACAUAAUGAAUUACUUGUUGAAAAUAUUAAGGAAAGAGCUUGUUAUGUUUCGUUAGAUUAUGAAAAAGAUUUAGAAAAUGAAAAAAAACGUUUAGAAAAAAUUAAAAAACAAAAAAUUCAAGAUAAACUAGAUAUGAGAUCUGAAAUUUUAAUGAAGGAAUUAGAAGAAGAACGAACAAAAAAAAAAAAUGAUAAAAAUUGUUUUUUUAAUGAAGGAAAAAAAGAAUAUGAACAUGAUAUGGAAUCACAAAAUGAAUCUAAAAAUAGGUUCAAAGAAAAAAAUAUACCAAUUGAUGAAUGUGAUCAAGAAUAUUUAGAAAAUAAAACAAAACAUUCCAAUGGGCUAGUAGCAGCAGAAAAACAAUACAAAAGGGUUGACACUAUAAAUGAAAAUGAAUUAGUCACAUUGGAUAAAAUAAUUGAUAAUAAUAAUAAUAAUAAUAAUAAUGUUAAUUAUAGUGAAGAUAAACAACAAAAUAGUUUAAAUGGUGUCAGUUUAAACAGAUCAGUUAAAAGUAAAAUAAAUGAAAAAAAUGAUAAUUCAGAAGAAAUUAAUCAAAGAAAAAGAAUUAGUAACAAUAAUAAAAGAAAAAAAAAUAAAAUUAUAGAACCACACUUAUUAUAUAAAUAUAAAUUACCGGAUUAUAAUAAUGCAACAAAACGUGAAAUAAAUGAAGUAUUCGAUACAUUGAAAAAUAACAGUUCGAAUGAUUGUAUAUAUUUAGAAUCCGAUUAUGAUUAUAAACAAGAAUUUUCUAAUUAUAAAGAAGAAGAUACAUUUAUAACCGAUUUUAAUGUCAAAACUCAAAAUACACAAAAAAAUGAUGAUAUAAUUAAUCUAACAAAUGAAAGAAUAGGAAUUCCCGAAAUAUUAUUUAAUCCUCAAGAUAUUAAUUUAAAUCAUUGUAGUAUUGUCGAAUUAAUAUAUAGAUGUAUAUCAUUAUUGCCAAAAGAAAUACAAAAAUAUUUUCUUUCUCAAAUAUAUAUAUCAGGUGGGUCUACAAAAUUUAAGAACUUUAAACAUAGAUUAUACAAAGAAUUAAGAGCUAUAUUUCCUACAGAAUGGGAAAUAAAUAUUUAUUCUCACAAAAAUAGUUUAUAUAGUAAUUAUAUAGGUACAUAUGUUUGGUUGAGUGAUCAAAACAUUUAUAAUUAUAACUUAAUUACAAGACAACAAUAUUUUAAUAAUGGAAACAAAACUUAA